UAUGAGAUGGAGGGAGCGGAGGAUAUAUAGGUUCUCUUCUCAGCCUUUCCAUUGUCUUUCUUAUCUGUUAUAAAAUUCUCAGUUUGGUGGAAAUGAAUUCCAUUCCCUUCUCCAUGGGAACAUACAUUUCUUCAAAGCAGCUAUUAUUAUUCUGUACCAAAAAUUCCCAAACAACAACUGACCCAAUUCCACAUUUUAUCAAAUCCUCAAUACUCUCUUCUCCAUCUUCUUAUUCGAAAUCUGUGAAAGAAACAAUUACCCCAUUGCCUUUUUCAGUCAGUAGAAGAGAAAUCCUAAGUGCUUUUGGAUUGGGGUUUUCGGCGAUUUUUCUGGAACCCUUUUUGCAGCCGCAGUCUAAUAUUGAAGCAAUUGCUGAAGAAGCUACAGCUACGGAAUGUGAAUUUACAGUUACGCCUUCUGGUCUUGCUUAUUGUGAUAAAGUUGUGGGUUAUGGUCCUGAAGCUAUUAAAGGUCAAUUGAUCAAGGCACAUUAUGUAGGUAAACUGGAAAAUGGGAAGGUCUUCGAUAGCAGCUAUAACCGUGGAAAGCCUCUUACAUUUCGUGUUGGUGUUGGCGAGGUUAUUAAAGGCUGGGAUCAGGGAAUUCUGGGAGGUGAUGGUUUUCCUCCAAUGCUAACUGGAGGAAAGCGCAAACUGAAGAUUCCUCCGGAACUUGGAUAUGGGAUAAGGGGAGCGGGCUGCAGAGGAGGUACAUGCAUUAUUCCUCCGGAUUCAGUUCUAUUGUUCGACGUGGAGUUCGUUGGCAAGGCUUAGAUUUAAGCAGGAAAAGUAUAGUUUGUUCUAUGAAGCUAUUCAUAAAAUGAUCUUUGCAGCCAAUUUAUGAUGGACUUGUCUAUUGUUAAGUUAAUUGGUUCAUCAAAGAGCAAUUUUUUUUUGUAACUUGCAGUGCAAACUAUAAUGUCUGGUAUUACUUGAGAUCUUGGCAGUACAUACCAUAAAUUGUUUUGUA